UUAGAGAGGAAAAGUCGUGAGGAGGAUAUGAUCGUAGGGACGAACAAGUCGGAGAAGAGAAGGGAGACGCCGUUAGAUCUGGUUUUGUGGCCAUCCACCAACUCUUAAUCCAUUUUCAUUCCUUUAAACAAAAAAACAAAAAAAAAGAAGCAAUUUCUCAAAGGAUUAAUUUUUUGCCUUUAUAGACUUUCGAUCUCAAAGGAUCUCGCGUUGUCGAAAGUUUCAUCCUUUUUUUUUUCUUCGUUCCAUCGAUUUCGUCUAAUCAUGAGGAAGAAGCUCGACACCCGUUUCCCUGCUGCGCGUAUAAAGAAAAUAAUGCAAGCUGACGAGGAUGUUGGCAAGAUCGCUCUGGCUGUGCCUGUCUUAGUUUCAAAAGCUUUGGAAUUGUUCUUACAAGACCUUUGUGAUCGUACUUAUGAAAUCACUCUUCAAAGAGGAGCCAAGACUGUGAGCUCUUUGCACUUAAAAAACUGUGUAGAAACAUACAACGUGUUUGACUUUCUGAGGGAAGUUGUCAGCAAAGUUCCUGACUAUGGCCAUGGGCAUGGUCACGGUAAUGGCCACGCUGAUGCAACCAUGGACGAUCGCACUAUCUCCAAGAGAAGGAAGCCUUUGGGAGAUGAAGCUAAUGACAGCGAUGAGGAGCUAAAGAAGACCAAAGUGCAGGAGACAGGGCAAGUGGGACCAAGUGGAAGAGGUAGAGGAAGAGGGCGUGGAAGGGGACGUGGAAGAAGUGCAAAAACAGCUGAAAGAGAGCUUCUUCAACGCGAAAUGGAAACAGAACCAACCAUAUUAUCAGCACCACCACAACUUACUCAAGACGGUAUCACUAUGCCUGCUGCACCAACAACACAACAACAAGACAUGGAGAAGAAGGAUGUUGUAGAUGACAUGUCUAAUAACCACGCAAAGCAAGAGCUGCAAAGUCCAAAAGCAGGUAACGACACAAACUCAGGGUUAGGUCGAGAUUUCGAUCUCAACACACAAUCUCUAGACGUGGAGACAAAGGCACCAGUGGUGGUUGUCACAGACUCAAGAGAGACGAAACCAGAGGAAUAUCCUGGUUGGUCGGUAUCGGAUAUAGGUAAUAUGGAUCCAAUGCAGCUUGCUAGUAUGAGUAAGAGGUUAGACGAAGAGGAAGAAGAUUAUGACGAGGAGGAAGGUUGAGAUGCUGAGACCCCUCUACAUGUUAGUAGGAAACAUGAUGAUGUAGGAUUUAAAAAAUAGAGAGUAGAAGUUUUAACAUGUUAAAACAGUCUCUGUUUAUGUAGAAGAUGUGUAUCAUAUGGCUCUUUUCUCUUCUCUGUUUAUUUCCAUAAGUUUGAAAAACUUGAUUUACUUUUCAUCACCCUUAGACUGAUUCAGACCUAACCAAGAACAUGUUUUCUCACUUGUAAGUCCUAUAAUACAGUAUAAGCUUGUUUAAAGUUGUGAAGAGUUUGUAGAAAGCAAGUUGAUUUGGCGAAAAGUGGCUCAAAAAGAACAU